AUGCAACAAUUGAAUAAUGAAGAGUUUCUUGGUAGUUUAUAUACAAAGGAGGAUGCAUGUGACGCAACAUGUGAAAAGCAGAUUCUACGUUUAUUCCUUAUUUAUUGUUACUUUUUUACUGAGGACAAUUAUUGGAAGCCUUAUAUAAAGAUAUUACCCGAUAUUGAAUUUUUCGAGCAGUAUCAUAUCUUAUUUAAUAAAUCUUAUGUUGAAGGAACCAGUCUUGAAGGUGCGGUUCAUGCAAAACGUGCCAUCUUGGAACAUGAAUUGAAUGAUAUUCAAGAGCGUGAUGUAUCAUCAAGCUGGUUAACUAAGGUCGAACUAAAGAUGUAUCUAUGGGCAGAUUGCAUCCUUUGGUCUCGAGCCUUAGGUUUCAAUACAGUGAAUGACGUGGAAGUAAAGUUGAAUAUAGCUCUAGUACCCUUUAUUGACUUUGCAAAUCAUUCAAUGAGUCAUUCAAAUAUACGAUGGCAACUAGAUGCCACUCACGAUCAUCUCCUUUUGAUAUCCACUGCACCUAUUAUCCAUGUUGGAGAUGAACUGCUAUUGUCGUAUGGAACCGACAAAUCUAACCAAGAAUUACUUUUCAUUCACGGCUUUUGUAUCGAAGGGAACACGGAACGCUCCUGUCUGACGAUUCCAAUACUUCCCUUCUUGAGUCAUGACCAACAGAAGGUAGCCUGGUUAAAGCAAAUGAAUAUAAAGCCUGUUUUAAAAUUAAAGCAUCGUCAUAGACGACGAGAGAAUGAUGAUAUGAUGCAGACUGGAUGGGAUCCUACAUUGAUCCUACUUAUGUAUUUAGUAGCCUUAGAUGAAGAUUUUGGUCUUCAGUUUGUAUCAAAGAAGGAUGGAUUAGAAUUAUUUCUAGAGGAUAACUUGAUAAAAACAUUAGAUGAAUUGGAAAAUACAGUUGUAAAUCACAAAGAUGGCAUCAUUUUACCCAUUAUUCAACUCAGAGUAGUACUGCUUUUAAUAGAUGCGUUAGAGUAUCAACAUAAGAGAAUUACUUUGAUUACAUGUAAUGAUUCAAGUAUAUUGGCUCAACAGGCUUCGAUCUACAGAAGAGAAGAAAAGGAAUUAAUAGAAACAAGUCUAGAGGAUCUAUUUAGUUUACAGAAUCAUUUAAUGAAAGAUCCUAUUAUUUUAGCUUAUUUAGAAGAAAGUAAUAAAUGUUAUUAG